GGAUGGCUUCAUGCCAGAGGGGGAAAAAGAGACAGAGAGAGGGGAGAGAAAGAAAAAUUAGUAUUCUCCUACCAGCCUCGCUAUAAAUCAAUCAUGGAGUCCUACGUGGUGAGCUGUAAAUAUGCUGAGCCGCAGUUCCCGCCAUGUGAAGAAGAUUACAGUAAUUUUAAUGAACAAGGGGGGUAUUACAACAACCCCGAGGACAGUGGCAGUUAUGGAGGGGGCUAUAUGUCCAUGCAGCCCCCUCCGCCUCCCUAUACACAACAACAAACCGGUUAUCAACACUCUUUGCAGGGGCAUCGCCGGCAAGAUGGAGAGGACCCCUCGCAGCAUCAAGGUGCAACCUACCCGGUCUACAGAGAGACGGACGGGCCCGUGAAGGAGAGGUUCCCCGUGGGUGACCUGCAGUGCCAGGCCUGGAUGACCUGCGCAAAGCCCGCUCAGGUGCAGAGGAAAACGGCCUGCCAGGGCAAAGACAAGCCGCCCAUUGUUGUCUACCCGUGGAUGAAGAAAGUGCACGUCGCUCAUGUUAAUCCAAAUCACGUGGGCCCGGAGCCAAAGAGGUUGCGGACGGCCUACACGCGACAGCAGGUCCUGGAGCUCGAGAAGGAGUUUCACUUCAGCCGCUAUCUCACGCGCCGCCGCCGCGUCGAGGUGGCCCACGCGCUCUGCCUGUCCGAACGGCAGGUGAAGGUGUGGUUCCAGAACCGGCGCAUGCGCUGGAAGAAAGACAACAAGCUGCCCAACACCAAAGGAAAGAGCAAAAACAAGAAAGCGACCGACAACAACAACAACAGCAACAGCAGCAGCGACAGCAUGAAGACGGUGAUAACUGUCUGAACACACAGGAGCGCAGAGUGUGGCAGUCGAAGCAGCCAUGGUAGCACCUUCAUUCUCCAAAGCUGAUGUUGCUUAAUUUAUCCAGGGUGACUGCAGUCCUCAAACAAUUCUCACCUGCUUUAAAGUUGCAGUUUUGACGAACACAAGUUUAUAAAUUCCAUGAUGUAUUUUUUUCCCUUGUUUUUAACUUCAACUUUGGAGCAUUUUAAUUUUUUUCCUUUUUUGAGGUUUCAUCCAUAUUGAAUGUCAUAAUGAAUGAAUGAAUGAAUAUAUUUUAAGUUCACGGAGACCCCGACAUCUCUCUGGUGCAGACAGGGAAUUGCUUCAUAUUUAGACAUCCGAUGAAGACGCAAAAACAUAGUGCUCGUUUGUUGCGGUGGCAAAAUACUCGUGACUGCGUUGAACCAGGAUGAAACAGGGUUUUCUUUUCUCUACAGGGUAAACAUAAUACAGGGUUAUAGAACAGCUACCUAAAAGCUGAAAAAUCCUAAUUUAUGAAUAUGCACGUUACCAAAAUGUUACAUAAACUGGCGCUUAGAGGGUAGGUAGAAGAGCAGAAACACCAAAUUGCGUGUUGAGUGACUGCACAAAUUAUGUUUUAGCUUUUGAUUUUGUACAGAGAAGCAUCCAAAAAUAAUUCAUAUUUGGAAGGAAAUUAGCCAUAUUUUUUUCUUGGAUUUUAUUUCCCACAUUUAUAAUUUUUUUUUUUUUUU